CCUGCCAUGUGAUCAACUCCGGAAGUAAAUUGUACAUAGAACUUGACCUAGACACGUACAAUUCAAACGGAGUUAUUUCUAAAUUUCUUUACAUAAUGAAACAAAAUAUGUAACCUAUACACCAAUAAUUCACUGUGACUUUGUGGGUAGUCGUUGCUUUUUCAAAUGGAUAUUAACUUACUUUAUUGGAAAAACGAGGGCAAGACAUUCCUCAGUCGACUACGCCUCUGGUUUAAUAUUCUUGACCCAAGUUCCUUGCUCUGCUCUGAUGCUGAAAUAGAAAAUGCCCACUCACUCAUUGGAAGUGUGGAGACAAUGGUGCAAGAUGAAAAGGCUGGAGAUGCAGCAUGGGUACUUUCUCUUUCUUCUGUUCAUGCUGGUACUGGUGCUAUACUUCCAGCUGUUUUCCGUCCUCAAGCAUUUUUACCAAUAUCAGCCCCUUUGGUUGUUGCCAGCUUUUUGCCACACAGUGGAGUCAAACCGGCUCUAUUCUGGCAGUUUUUGCUUCAGAGUUACAGCGCUGGAUUCAAUCAUGCAAACAGAAACGCAUCUUCUGACAAGGGCAUUAAGACCUCUUUGAAGCAGGGUCUGUUGAUUGUCGGAUCAGUUGCAUAUGCAACAUGUGCAGGGGCAAUUCCUCAAAUAGUCAUACAGCGACUUAGCAUGAGCAGCCCAGCUGUCCAGAUGUUUUUUAGGUCCGUAUUACCAAUACCCCUCUCAGCCUCCCUGGCCUAUUUCAAUGUGGUCAUUGUCAGAAGUGAGGAGUCUGAGAAUGGAAUCCAGGUGUUUGAUUCCAAUGGGAAUUCUGUUGGAAUCUCUCAGGCAGCUGGAGCAAAGGCUGUGAGGGAGACUGCUCUCUCCAGGGCUGCUCUGUUAGGCACUACAGCUGCUGUUCCUAAUCUUCUUAUUUUCCUCUUGCAAAAGGCAAGGUUUCUGCAAAGGAGCCCCCUGCUGGUGGCUCCUAUACGUCACAUUAGCACUGCGAUCGUCCUGGGCCUGAUGAUCCCAGUGUCCUUCAGUCUCUAUCCACAGCUUGGAACGAUCAAAAAGGAAAAGCUGGAAAAAGAAUUAGAGACUGCAGCGGUAAGUGGUGAACUAUUCUACCACAGGGGCCUCUGAGGCACCAGCAAACAAGCUCUGCAGACUGCAGUGUGGGAGCAGGAGGACCAAAUCCGUGUGACUUCACUGACUGGGCAGCAUGAGAAGUAACCUUUACGGCCACGGGAUGCAGUGUUGCUUCAUACACUAGGAUGAUGAAUUCAGUCAUAAUUAAUUAAAUUGAUAAAGGACAGAGUCCAUGUUUCGAUUCAGUUGAAUUUAAUAGCUGCAACUUGUAAGUGGAUGUAAAUUAACAAUGCACUGCAAAUUCAUUGUAAUCAUGAGUUUGUAACAAUGCCCUUCCUCGUACAGCUGUUCACCUUUCAAGUUUAGUGAUUUGGUUUACAAGUUUGAUCUUACAAAAGCAAAUCAUAUUACUCCAGUAUUUUAGUUAAAUUGACAUGUACAUUUUCAUUUUUUAAAAAGUGUGGAUUUUGUUGACAGCACAGAUACUUAAAUGUAUUUUUAGAACAAAUAGGAUAUUCCAGAAAUUUCAAAUAGAUUAGUUGAAUCUCCUAACACCUAGAUGAGGACAUGCGUAGUGCAUGCAACGUUAGUGUCUCAUUGAAUCUAUUCAGGCACAAAGACGAGCCUUUGAGAACAAGGGUAGAAUUGCCCAAGAAGUGAAACAAUAAAUUACAUUGUUUUCAAAAUAUCAAUGUCAUAUUACAGUAACAAAUAGGUAUGCAACAUCAUUUGACAUAAUGGUCAUAUACAAAACCAAAGAAAUUGCUCCAGUAACUAACAAUAGCGGACAGCUUUCCAGGGAGGACACAUAUCCGUUAUGCCUCCACCCUUGGCAAUCGGUCUCCUGCUUAUCAAACUGAGGACACAAGGUUAGAAAAAUGCUAUCUGUUCUCCCUCUCAUCUGAGCAACACCCAAACAUGAGAGAUUCCUUAUAUUGCAGUACCCAAAGAUAUUAGUUCCAUUUUGGCACUUUAUUAAUUAAUAAGAAUCGACAACACAUUGUUAAGAUAAAUGAUUUUAAAAUAACAAACUGCAUAUAUCUCAUUUGCCAUGCAUCUCUUAUUUUAAUUCUGAAAUCUAAGGGGAUAAAUCGUGGUUCUUGAGACCUCAAAUUAUUCUGUUAAGUCUUAAAAUAAACUAUUGGAUUCCUGAACUAUGUAAUGCUAGGGCUACGUGAUUUAUUAGACCGUUUAAGACACAGCAGUGCUUAUAUUCCCAGCCAUUCUGCACCUGGGGAACAAGACAACCAUGUUCUCAAUUGUUCAUAUAACAGUAAGACAAAGUAACUACAAGCAAACACGUACCUCGUCAGUGUUCAAUGGAUUAGCCCUAUUUCACAUAUUGCCCAUAGCACCAAUAUUUUAGGUAUUUGUUAUUGUAUUAUUGUCAAGACAAUACUUUACAAUAAAGAAAAUGUUUCUUUUUUUUUUUUUUCUGUCACAGAUAAAUGACAAGUAGACUUUUAGUAUUGUUAAGUGUCAGGAAUGCAAUAGUGUGUGAUACAUAACACCUGAGUGUUUCCCAUUCACCUUAACCAUUAAAAUGCAACUGUG